CAAACCACGACUUGCGCCAACCUGUCCUCUACCCACGUACAUAUCGCUACGACCCCAAGAAACUCCAAGUUCAACACAAAAUAAGCAUACAGCGAUCAUGGAGUCACCAGAUACUUUCACGCUCCUCCCUCUCGAGAUGGACCCGCAAACCAGCACCAUCACCGCAUCCCAAAGCACCAGCAAUGCCCUCCAGACAGAGCUCGACGCCCUAAACAACCUCCACAGAAACCUCCUGAACGUCGAAACACCCACGGGCACACCGCCGCCACCUGUCCCCGUCAACCCCAAGCGUUCUGCCCAGAUCAACAAGCUGCGCGAAUCGGGCAACGCCGAGUUCAGGAAAGGAAAGCCCGAAGAGGCGGGCAAGCUCUACACCCUCGCAAUUGACAUGGCGCUCGCACGUCCGGCAUGGGAGCCUUCGGGUCUUGUCAGGGAAGAGGUCUCUGGGCUGCUCAGCAAUCGCGCACAAGCAAACAUGGCACUCAAGAACUGGGCAGAGGGCGCCGUGGACGCAGAGGCCAGUGUGGAGAUGAAGAAGGUGGGCAACGCCAAGGGCUGGUGGAGGCGGGGCAAGUGUCUGCUCGAGAUGGGCAGACUGGACGAGGCAGAGCAGUGGGUCAAGCAGGGUCUGGAAUUCGAGGCCACAGAGCAAGACCUCGUCAACUUGAAGGACGAGAUCGAGAGGAAGCAGAGAGGCGAGGCUUAGGUUGUUCUCGCCAGCGAUCCGUUUGCGCACAUGACAUAUGGAGGACUUCCGCCUCGUCACUUGUAGGAUUUGGACUAGACGAAGGCGCAAGCAGGGAGCAGAGGUAUACAGUGGGGCUAUGCUAGUGGCAUUGCUAGUAGGUCUCUAUGAUACGAGCAUGACCAGUGGGAGGAUGGGCAUUGGCAAGGCGUUUGGCGCUGGAAGGCGUAUACCACACUUGAGCCUAUCAGGUUUUGGGGCAUUCAUAGCGAAUCCAUUGGAAUGAAUUUCCAAUAAUCAGGCUU